AUGAUAUCGAUAUCGUCUGCCUUCAACGCUUUUAGAGAAGAACUAGAUGUCCAUCACGACAGGAGAGAGCGUCUCAUCAAGGCCAGCAGAGACAUAACGAAUCUCUCCAAAAAGACAAUCUUCCUGCUGCAUCGCCUGGCACUCGAAUCGCUCGCUGACGCCGACGACGGCCGGCGCACAUCUGCAGCCGCGAAGGGGUACGCCAACCUUUGCGAAGUCCAGUCACUCUACGCUAGCUUGCGAAACGAACUUGCUGGCGAUCGGUUUUGGCGAUAUCACCAACAAGUGUCUCCUGGCUUGCAGGAAUACAUCGAGGCCCUGAGCUUCACCCAUUUCCUGGAACACCGCUCGCUCAUUCCCUUCGAAACGGUGCAGCGCUCGUUAAGCGAUGCAGAUCGUGUUCCAUAUCUCCCUCUGACGACCUCAGACUACCUGCUAGGCCUGUCCGACCUCACAGGCGAGCUCAUGCGCCUCGCAAUUUCCGGGAUCGCCCAGCGCGGCGGGCGCAAGCAAGCAAUGGAAAUAUGCACCUUCGUUCGGAACUGCAAAGCCGACUUCGAGGGAUUUACGCCCCAUGUCCGAGAGCUCUCGAAGAAGCAAGCCGUAACGUCCAGCUCCUUGGAGAAGAUAGAAGAUGCUGCCUAUGCCAUCGUUCUUCGCGGUUCCGAGUACGACUUACCUCCUGAAAUGCUCGACGAUAUCGUUGCUAGUACCAUCGCUCAGAAGCGGCAUGACUUCGGCCUGGAUCACGGCGAGGAGAUCGCCGUAUAA